CCCCACUCAGCCAGGAGAGUCGAGCACAGCAGAGCACAGCAAGCCCCCUGACAUCAUGGCAUUCAAUCAGGACCCAAACUUCCAAAAACUGCAGGACUGGUACACAGCCCACGCCCUCAACCUCAACAUGAGGCAUAUGUUUGAGGCUGACAAGGAGAGAUUCAACAAGCUCAGCUUAACAAUGAAAACAGAGGAUGGGGACAUUCUUCUGGAUUACUCCAAGAAUCUCAUCACUGAUGAAGUCAUGAAGAUGUUGGUUGAUCUGGGUAAGUCCAGAGGCAUUGAGGCUGCCAGAGACAAGAUGUUCAAAGGAGACAAGAUCAACUUCACAGAGGGCCGUGCUGUGCUCCAUGUGGCUCUUAGGAACCGCUCCAACACUCCCAUUAUGGUGGAUGGCAAGGACGUGAUGCCAGAUGUCAACAAAGUCCUAGAGAAGAUGAAGGGCUUCUGUCACAGAGUUCGCAGCGGGGAGUGGAAAGGCUUCACAGGAAAGGCCAUCACAGAUGUUGUUAAUGUUGGGAUCGGGGGAUCUGACCUUGGCCCCCUGAUGGUGACUGAGGCCCUGAAGCCUUACUCAAAGGGUGGACCACGUGUGUGGUUUGUGUCAAAUAUUGAUGGAACACACAUCGCCAAAACCCUGGCACAGCUGAACGCUGAGACAACCCUCUUCAUUAUUGCAUCCAAGACAUUUACUACCCAAGAGACCAUAACUAAUGCUGAGUCGGCCAAAGCGUGGUUCCUCGAACACGCCAAAGAUAAAGCUGCUGUCGCCAAGCACUUUGUGGCUCUUUCCACAAAUGGACCCAAAGUGAAGGACUUCGGCAUCGACACGGAGAACAUGUUUGAGUUCUGGGAUUGGGUUGGUGGUCGUUUCUCCUUGUGGUCUGCAAUUGGCAUGUCCAUUGCCCUUCAUAUCGGCUUCGACAACUUUGAAAAGCUUCUUUCAGGAGCUCACUGGAUGGACAACCACUUCCGCACAGCUCCUCUGGAUAAAAACGCUCCGGUACUGCUGGCUCUGCUGGGCAUCUGGUACAUCAACUUCUUCCACGCUGAGACCCACGCCAUGCUGCCCUACGACCAGUACAUGCACCGCUUCACCGCCUACUUCCAGCAGGGCGACAUGGAAUCAAAUGGAAAGUACAUUACAAACCAUGGAGCACGUGUAAACUACCACACUGGUCCAAUAGUGUGGGGGGAGCCAGGAACAAAUGGACAGCAUGCCUUCUACCAGCUCAUCCACCAAGGAACCCGCAUGGUGCCUUCUGAUUUCCUGAUUCCAGCUCAGUCACAGCAUCCAAUCAGAGAAAGCCUGCACCACAAGAUCUUGUUGGCUAACUUCCUGGCUCAGACAGAAGCUCUGAUGAAAGGGAAGACCACAGAAGAGGCCAGGAAGGAGCUGGAGGCCAGUGGCCUGAGUGGAGAAGCUCUGGACAAAAUCCUGCCACACAAAGUAUUCCAAGGAAACAGGCCAACAAAUUCAAUCAUCUUCAAGAAACUGAGCCCAUACACACUUGGAGCACUUAUAGCCAUGUAUGAGCACAAGAUCUUCAUCCAGGGUGUGAUGUGGGAGAUCAACAGUUUUGACCAAUGGGGAGUGGAGCUGGGCAAACAGCUCGCUAAGAAGAUCGAGCCUGAGCUCCAGAACACCACAGAGGUCCACUCCCACGACUCCUCCACCAAUGGACUCAUCAACUUCCUCAAGAAGAACUUUGCCUAAGUCAAACCCCUGACCCUCCACCCUCAUCCUUUACAUCAUUAACUAUGUGACCAGCUUCCCGGGCUGCAGGAGACCCUCAUAGGCAGCUGGUUGGGCUGAAGCACUCUGUAUGUUUAUACUCUCAUGAUAACUACCAUGAAUGUCUACAGUGCUGUCUUUCUAUGUUUGUUCACUGCAGAGGCUAAAAGCAGACAUACUUUUUACUUACACUGUUUUCCUCCUCCAUUUUUGGAAACUUAUUUUCAGUUAUUUGUUCCCAGAAAGUAAGUAAAAUAUAUGGAUGCAUGUCUGCUUAGGGCUUCCGUAGUUCAUCACUGUGAAGGGGAAACCCUUUUGUGUUAAUGUGUUGUGGAAGGCAGAGUAAAAUAUGCUUUCUCUGUCUCCUAAAUGUCACCAUAAAUGUAGUUUCUGGAUUAAAUAUCUUUACAAAA